AUGACUCUCAUACCACAGUCUACUCCAGUUCAAGUGCCAGGAAGCGAGACUUCAACCAACACAUCGAAUCCUGCAGUAACAUCAGUCCAAGGUAACUCAAAUAACCACAUGCUCUGGUUGGUUUCUGUGGCGACUCUUGCGUCCUUUUUGGUGCUCUUUUGGUUUCUGAUUUUCUGCGAGUGUACGCUCAGAAAUCAAGACAGUUGUUCCUUCUGGAGGCCAAACAAAAAUUCGGAAACACCUGCCCAGGAAGUAACUCUUAAAGAGCACUGCAGUCAUCACGGCAGCGCCCCGACCACGCUGACAUUUACCAUUUCUGAGGAAACUCCCAUGAUGUUGCCAUGUCAGGAACCACCUGCUCACAUCUGUGGUCAAAUGCCAGACAGUGUUCACACGCCGGCUACCAGACAGGAUGAGCAGUCAGAUCGCUGGCCAGCCAUUGUGCUCUAUGCGAUCAUCAAGGAGGUCCCCUUGCGUCGGUGGAAAGAGUUCCUGCGUCUGCUCUCGGUGUCUGACCAGCAGAUGGAGCGAGUGGAGCUGGAGGCCGGUUUGGGUUCCAUGGAGAAGCAGUAUCAGAUGCUGAGGCUGUGGAGCCAGCGCUCCUCGGCCAACCUGAACGACGUUCACUCCUCUUUACACCACAUGGAUUUAUCAGGCUGUGCUCAGCUGCUGCAGGAGAGCUUGGAGAAACUACAGUGGAAGCAAAGGUUGACCGCAUGA